AUGGCUACCGAGUUGACCGUCCAGUCGGAACGUGCGUUCCAGAAGCAGCCUCACAUCUUCCUCAACUCCAAGACCAAGGCGAAGAGCAAGAAGGUCGGCCAGACCCGGAGAUGGUACAAGGAUGUCGGUCUCGGAUUCCGUACUCCCAAGACUGCCAUUGAGGGCAGCUACAUUGACAAGAAGUGCCCCUUCACCGGUAUGGUCUCCAUUCGUGGUCGUAUCCUGACCGGCCGUGUCGUCUCUACCAAGAUGCACCGUACCAUCAUCAUCCGUCGUGAAUACCUCCACUACGUCCCCAAGUACAACCGUUAUGAGAAGAGACACAAGAACCUUGCCGCUCACGUCUCUCCUGCUUUCCGUGUUGAGGAGGGUGACUGGGUCACCGUCGGCCAGUGCCGUCCUCUGAGCAAGACUGUAUGUGGAAAUCCUCCAAGGAACGGCUCUGCGCGAUAUUUCCGGCAGCGGUUGAUGCUGAAAUGGAAAUUAUCAUGGAGCGGUCGUCAAUCCACCCUCAGUAUCAAUCCUGUCUAA